AGAGAUCAAGUAAACAAGGAGCAGCUCCUUUUUAUCAAAACGUCUGUGUGUGUGUGUGUGUAAACUUCCUCUCAGCGUCCGACUCCGCACGGAAGACAGCAAAGGCACGCUGGUUUACUUUCCCUUGAGCCACUUCACGCUACCGUUUCUGCGCGCCUAUAUACACCCAAAAAGAGCAACGUUCCUUCCCGGUUCUACCGUGUAGAUCCUGCAGUCGUGUUUUGAAGAAGAAGGAAAAGAAAAGGCCGAUAAGGCAUUCUGCUGCGUCUUAACUAAUUAGCCGGUACGCGCGUUUUUGUUCAUUUUUUCUUUUCUCUUAAGCCCUCACUUUUGGAAUUUCUCAGCAAUGUCGUCUUUGCAGAAGAUCAACGACAUCGAGGCGGAGCUCGCACGCACGCAGAAGAACAAGGCCACCAUGGCGCAUAUCUGCGCUCUGAAGGCGCGCCUUGCUCAGCUGAAGCGCGAGUUGAUUGCCUCGGAUUCGAAGAAGGGCGGCGGUAAGGGUGAGGGCUUCGAUGUCCAGAAGACCGGCGACGCCCGCAUCGGUUUCAUCGGCUUCCCGUCUGUCGGCAAGUCCACCCUUCUGUCCAAGAUGACGUCGACGUACUCGGAGGUGGCGGCGUACGAGUUCACGACUCUGACCUGCGUGCCGGGUGUGGUUAACUACCGUGGUGCGAAGCUGCAGAUGCUGGACCUGCCCGGUAUUAUCGAAGGUGCGAAGGAUGGUAAAGGUCGCGGUCGCCAGGUUAUUGCGGUGGCGCGGACGUGCUCGCUAAUCCUCAUCGUGCUGGACGUGGCGAAGCCACUGCAGCACAAGCUUAUCAUCGAGCGGGAGCUGGAUGGCUUCGGCAUUCGGCUGAACCAGUCGCCGCCGGAUAUUGUGAUUCGCAAGAAGGACCGCGGCGGCAUCAGCAUCUCCUCCACCUGCCCCCUAACGCAGCUGGAUAACGAGACGAUCAAGACGAUUUUAGGAGAGUACCGCAUGUCCAACGCAGACGUCACCUUCCGCGGCGAUUAUUCGGCGGAUGAAUUCAUCGACGCAAUUGAGGGCAACCGCGCGUACAUUCCGGCCAUCUAUGUGCUGAACAAGAUCGAUCAGAUUUCCAUCGAGGAGCUCGACAUCAUCGCGCGCAUCCCGCACAACUGCCCCAUCUCGGCGCACCACGAGUGGAACCUGGACGGCUUGCUCGAGUGUAUCUGGGACCACCUGAACUUCAUUCGCGUGUACACGAAGCCGAAGGGUCAGGUGCCGGACUACGACGAGCCGGUGAUUCUGAAGCGGGUGCCACAGCCGUCGGUGGAGAAGUUCUGCAAUCGCCUUCACCGCCAGCUGAUGCUAAGCUACAAGUACGCGUGGGUGUGGGGCUCGUCGGUGAAGCACCAGCCGCAGCGUGUUGGCAAGGACCAUCUGUUGGAUGACGAGGACGUCGUGCAGGUCGUGAAGAAGGUGUAA